CAUUUUUUUUUUUUUUUCCAUUUCAUCAACUUGAUAAUGGUUAGAUUCUUGGUUAUCUUUUAUUAUGUGCUUACCCUUUAGAUGGUUUGUGUGGACUUGGACCAGGCUUUUGGAGUAUAUAUAUAUAUAUAACUAUAUGUUUGAGUCUUCCAUGAUGUUUAGCUUGGAAGGAAAAGAGAAAGAUUUUGCCAUUACCAUCUCUAGGUCUCCUCUCCAAUAUGCUGGUGGUGUUCAUUUUGCAUGUUUUUAACCAAGUAUUACCAAUUGAAUUCUUUUUCUUGCAGGUUUGAAAUGUGAUCUGGGAAAUUCUACGCUGCUUCAACCUUUCGUCAGUUUGUUAAAUGGUCUAGAGUCCAGAUUGAAUCUUGGAAUGAAUAAUCAAACCAUCAGGACUGACUUUGGCCUUCUAGAAGACAUUGCAUUGUCACUAGUACCUAAAUCUUGUCUCCUUCUCAGCUUAUGCUAUGCCCUCGUAAACACAAGUAGUUUUUUAGAUAGACUAACAAAUACAAUUUUCACUUUCAGGCAGUAUAUGCUAGACAACCAAACACUGCCAACAGAGGUCGUAUUUCAAAUCUAGAAGUCAGCAGGUGCAGGUUUGUUUGGAUAUUAGGAAAAACAACUCCAGCAGUUGCACCUCAUGUGUAUUGAAGAUUGUGCUAUGUCCAGAAAUCCAAGAAUCAAAUGAUCCAAUGAAUCGAGUCAUGGUACUUCCUCCAGAACAUCAAUAAUUCGACCGACCCGGAAUUGCUGGUAAUAAUUUUACUUUGUUUGGGAAUAUAUUAGCUAUAUUAUCCAGGGCAACUCCUAUGCACUAUAUUCAUGUAGAAUGUACCUUUUUGUACAAAGCAAAAUUAUUGGAGCCAUUUCAUCAAAGUUCCAACAAACAAAAGUAAGUGUGUUUGGCUCCCGUCAGGAUCAUGCAAUAUGUCAGUCCCAUUAUAUGGCUCUGUCUAGCUUAUUGUUAUGGACUCUUUUAUUGGUUCUUGGAAAUAUAUCCACUGAUUUGAUUGCUACCACAUUCUGCUGUUCUAGUUCGACAGAGAUUGGACAUGGAAAAGCCGCCCCAGUAAGGAAGACACCCUCUUGGAUGACUUGAUGAAAAUUAUAUCAUAGAGCAACAUCAUGUGAUUUUUACAUUAUCUAUGUAUGCAGCACAUGUACAGAAAGACAGAGCAUAUGACAUUAAACUAUCCGCAUUUGU